AAUUAAUAUUAAAUAUUAAAAAGUGAUUCAAAUAUCAAGAAUAAUCUGAAAAUGUCUUCAGUUUUCUCUGUCAUUGUUUUAAGUGUCUGUUCGGUUGCAGUCAUCGGUGAUACGGAUUUGCAACAAUUAACUAAAAAUCUGAUCAAAUCACUCAAUCCAAACGGCGCUGACUCUCAUCCCAAUGAACUUCUCCUACAAUUAACUAAUGGUGAACACUCGGCGUUAAAAUCCUUUGUUGGGGACAACUCUCAGGAAAAAUUAAAACUCGAGAUCUCUUUUGCCGGAACCGUUAGUAUCAGUGCUCAGAGGAAUGACCAAAAGGUUGUCGUGUCGACAGACUAUUUGGGAGGACUCGGCCUUCAGUUGAAUGCCAAUCAAAGCAAUGCCAACACAAUUGAUGGCAAACCUGUGGAUCCAUUCCUGAAGAAUAUCUACGAAACA